AUGCGCUGCAUCCUGCGAGCCGUAUCCCACCGAGAGUGGCAUGAAGAUCCGGAGUGGGUUCCGCAGUGGCUCCAGCAGCUCCUCGCCGGGGACUGGCGGUCUUUCGACUUAGUGGUCGAAGCUGCUUGUCUCAAAAAGAUUCCUGCGCGCUGGCUGAGAUUCCUUCUGCUGUUGGGGGGGGACAUCGAGCGCAACCCCGGACCGCGAGCAGCGGCCAAGACGCCGAGGGGUCCUCUGGACCUCGAGCGAGGCUUCGCUCCAAGUACGGUGCACAAGAUGCGGAAGGCCCUUGAGGCGCUGGCUCUCUGGCUGCUAGAAGUUGCUCAGGUGAGUCUGGAGGACGCCUUGAGCACUAACGAGGGGGCCGAGCUUGCUCUCCGAGGCUUUGGGUUACAUCUUUAUGCCGAAGGUCAUCCUCGCUAUUUGCUUGUCUACGCCAUCACUGCCAUACAGAAUCGUUGCCCUUCCUAUCGCAACCGCUUUAGUGUGGCUUGGCAGAUCGAUAAGAAAUGGCAGGACAUUGAGCCCGGAGAAUGUCGCCCCGUGCUUCCAGCAGCGGCCGUCCGAGCUCUACUCUGUGUCACCGCUUUGUGGGAUUGGCUUCGGUUUUCUGGUCUAGUGCUUGUGGGCUUCCUUGCGAUGCUCCACCCGACAGAGAUGGUGCAGCUGAUUCGCAAAGACCUGGUUUUUCCUUCGGAUACACUCGGGCACACGCGUGCUUUGUACGUCCACUUGCGGAAACCCAAGACAGCCAGAUUUGCUCGUCGUCAGCACGGAAAGAUUGACGACCCGUUCGCUAUGAAGGUCCUGGCGACCGCCUCUUCGCUGGUUCUUUGCAUUCGUUUCGUCGGCUCUGGGAUGCAGCUCUUCAGUUUCUCGGCAUCCCGUGCCGGGCAGCAGUUAAAGGCGCUACCCCGGGAGUGCUUCGGGGCUCCGGAGCCACGUUCUUUUAUCAAGAAACCGAAAACUUGCAAUUGCUGGCUUGGCGCGGCCGCUGGGCUCGUGCUCGUACUCUGGAAUAUUAUCUGCAGGAGGUUGCAGCCCAGUUGCUCCUGUCGGAACUGGGGGCCCAAGCUCGCUUUCGCAUUUCUACCUUUGAUUCCGCGUGUGACGCGGUGCUCAGCUCGCUUUCUGGUGCUGCGCAGUAAGGGAGAGGUAGAAGUCACUGGCGAGACUCUGGUGUGCUUUUACUUGAGCUCAACAUUAAAUGUUGGGCGCGCUUUGGCCGACCCUUUUCCAGCUGCUUCGCAGCUCGAGCGCACCGGCGGCACACGGGACACUUCGAACGAGCGGACGAACAAGGCCGAGGGAUGCUUCGUAUUACCCUUAGCCGCAGUGAGUAGUGAAUGA